AUGGGGGGCUCCAGUGCCCAGCAACCAGGCCGAGGUGGGCGGGGGGCCUGCGUCCUGGCCUCCUUCCUGCUCUGGUUGCACCUCGAGCCCACCAAGUCCACCCCAUCUUUGUCAGAGGUAUGUGGCAAGACCCGAUUCCAUGGGAAGAUCUUUGGUGGUCAGAAGGCAGAGCCUGAGCGGUGGCCGUGGCAGGCCAGUCUGCUGUUACGUGGCAGUCACAUCUGUGGAGCAGCCCUCAUUGACAAAGCCUGGGUACUCUCUGCGGCCCACUGCUUCCAAAGGUCUCGCAACCCAUCUGACUACCGGAUCCUGCUAGGGUACAACCAACUAAGUAAGCCCACCAGUUAUAGCCGGAUAAUGACAGUGAAUAAGCUCAUUGUCCACCCAGACUAUGACAAGUACCACCGCCAGGGGAGUGACAUCGUCCUGUUGCAAUUGCAUGUUCCUGUGGAGUUUAACUCCCAUGUGCUUCCGGCCUGCGUCCCAGACAACAAUACGAAGUUCACCCUUGAAAAGCCCUGCUGGAUAAGUGGCUGGGGGAUGAUCACUGAGGAUAAAUUCCUGCCUCAGCCCUUUCAACUGCAGGAGGCCGAGGUCUUCCUCAUAGAGAACCAGAUUUGUUCAGCCUUUUUCCAGCCUCCAGAACCUGGUGUGAGUGGGCAGUAUGCUGUGAAGGAUGACAUGGUGUGCGCCGGCACUGUUGAAACAGAAAAGUCCAUCUGUCGAGGAGAUUCUGGGGGUCCUCUUGUCUGCCCAGUGAAUGGUUCCUGGUAUCUGGCAGGGCUGUCCAGCUGGAGUGUGGAGUGUCAACACCCAAUUGCCAGCCCUAGCGUCUUCUCCAGGGUCUCCUACUUCUUCAACUGGAUCCAGGAGAACAAGGCCACCUCACCAGAUCCCGAUCCCAACUUGGCCCCUCCUCAAGAAAACCCCCCUGCUCUGAAAGGCUCACACAAUCAGGGCUCUGUCCUCAAGCCCAGCAUCUGCAUGGCCCUUCUGUCUUCUCAAACCCUCCUGCUGCUGCUUUUACUCAGGAUUCUGUGA